UCGAAGUAAAUCUGGGCAUGCAUCGGCUCCCUUCAGCAGUCUCAGUGUUAUCUGGAGUUCAGCGGGAGGCCGUUUUUGGCUCCUGUUCAUCCUCCAGGCUGCCUCUCUGAGCACUGCGCAGUCGACCGGCAGCAGCGUCUCCGUGUGCGGGGAUAAACGGGUAGAAGAGGAGGCUACUCGGGGUAAGUGUGACAUCUGUGUUGGUGGACCUCUACCUGUGUGGCUGUCUCUUUUACCUGCAGCUCCUCUGUGUGCUGCCGUCACACCUACAGCGACAGACAGCACAUUUUCUCUAUUGCCGGUUUGGUGACAGACUGGCCAGAGGCCCGCUGACCCACAUUCUUAUCUAAUGCUGCUGCAUGUUAGCUACUGAGGUUUCCUUCAUGGACGAGUCGGCUUUUAAAACUGACUCUUUUACGCGGCUGAUGAGAGUUGGUAUGUUUAAUGUUUUAUUGGUUUGUUGGAUGGUUUUGCCUUACAAAAUUGUAUUACCUACGUUUUAUUUGAUAAAACACAAAAAGCUUUGUCUUUGUAAUUUAUGGACGAGUUGGCUUUCAGAACAAACUUCUUUAAGCAGUUGUUGUGAGUUGGUGAUUUGUUUAUCUCUUGUUCUGGUUGAUGGUUAUUGGUUUUCGCUCUGGGAAUUUUAGAAUUUAGAUUUUAUUUGCUGGAACACACUCAAAAACAUGACUUGCUUUGGUAAAAGCCUUUGAAAGCCAGGCAUUCAUAUGAUCAAACAUUUAAAACUAAGUCAGAAGUUGUAGGACAAUGAACACUUUUUGUUUAUAGUAGAUAUGAGACUAUAAGAGCAAAAGGAAAAAUAAGGUCAUAAGAGGUCAUUGUAUUAGGAUAUUACCUCACAUUUUUAGGUAAUUUAAGUUGUAGCAUUAAAAGUAAAAAAAUGUUAAUUCAAAGGAAUUGCUUUUUGAUAUUAGUAGAACAAGGUCAUAAGAAAAUUACGUGACUGUAAUUCGAGAUUAAAGUAAAAAUAUUAAUUUAUAGAAGUGCAGGUUUUAUGUCCUAAAUUGGUAGGUACCUGUAUUUUUAUUUUUGCUAUAGAAUAUAUGGAAUCAAGAAAAAAACGCGAUAAGAAGCUGCAAUGUUUGUGUGGUUGUAAUAUUAAAAAAAAAGUUAUAUUUCAAGAUAUUAUAUGCCAAAAACAUGAAAUUAUUAUGUUUAAACAUACUACUACAACUACUUCUACUACCACUAAUAAUAAUAUCAAUAAUUGUCAUUUUUAUUAUUAUUGUCAUUAUUAUCAUUAUUAUUAUUAUUAUUAUUAUUAUUAUUAUUAUUAUUAUUGUAAGAAGAAGAAGGACAAGUAGAUGUAAUUUAUACAGCCCCAUUGAUAAAACUCAAGGUUGCUUUACAAAAAUACCACUCUUUCACUUAAACUUUAAAAACUUCAAUGAACUGUUAAACCUAAAUCUCUGAAAAUUUUUGAGUGGUUGAGUUUUUGACGGUCGGUUCUUUUUGUAGAACGGAGUCAAAUGAUCCGAUCACUAAACCGCUCCGGAUCCCCCAUCGCUGAUGUUAGCUAGCUUGUUAGCUGCGGCUGGAAGUGGGCUGACACACAUUCACAACAUUGCUGCGGACGAGUUGAACGCUCGCUAUUUUGAAUGAAUAAGUCUGUAUACAGCGGGGAAAUACACUUCUGCCAUUGGUGUUGGAUUACGAAGCCUUCACAGUGUGUGUCGUGUGUCGCAGUAAGUGUGCCAAACUCUAAUUGUGUUGUUUGUGGCUGUAUUUGAUGUUAGCACUGAGCUAGGUGGCGUUGGCUUUGUGGGAAUCACAGCCCGCUGUGCCGGCCGGCUUCAGCGGCAGCGGGGGGGCCGAUAGAUGAGCUGUUCCCGGGCUUGUUUCUUGAUUACGGACAGGAGAUCACCUGACAGCUGUGUGCAUCUCACCUGCACUGCCCUUCACACCUGUACUGCGUAUUUUUCAGGGGUUGUCUAAGUGAUUAAUGCAAGAAGUGUAGCUCCUGCGUUUCUUCCCCGACUUCUCUGCAGGUCUAACUUGGACCUGACACACACCUGUUAACACACCAGGUAUAUAACAUAUUCACUACUCGACUAGAUAGUGUAAGAUGACUCCGAAAUUAUAAUUUUAUUUACUUCCAACUUCUUUUAAACUCUAAGCGCUUCUUUGGUUAUUGAUUUUUUAAAAUUCAUGUCCUGUUUUUCACAAUCAAUACAACUCCAAAGAGACGUGUCAAAGGCAUCAAUAAUGAAACCUUUAAGAUAAAUUUAAUCAGUGAUUAAAGCAAUACAGAUGAAACACAAUAGAAAAAUGAAAAACUGUAUGCAACAAUACAGUCAAUCACCUUUUAUAAAGUCUUUUAAAUUAUAGGCCUAUCAACAAAUAUUAAAUAUAAGAAAUUACAAAUAAUUAGUAGUUUUUAGGAUUAAUUUUGCAUUUUUUUGUUGUCUUUUUGUGUCUAAUAUGCUUUUAAAUUGUAUGUGUUAUUCUACUGCAACAUAAGUCAAAAUCCUUAUCUAGUUCUUAUUUUAAUGGCAAACCUUUGACCCCGUAGCUCACUGUGCUGCCGUAGCUGCAGGGUUGUUUUUUUCUGAGCUGUUGUUGAAAGUGAAUGUUCAUUAUUUACAUCAAACCCUCAGAAAACUGAUCUCUGCAGAGCUGAUUUUAUUUUUUUAGUCUUCUGCUCUGACCAUGUUCAAUGUAAUGAAGGAAUAACUCACUCUGAGCAACUCUAUGAGUCUUUUAUGUGUUUGUGAGGUGUUUUUGGACAACAUUACAGCUUUCGGGUAGAUUAAAUCGUGAGAUAUAACAACACAAGUGUUAUUCUUGAACUCAUUUCCAGACCCGACAUUUAAUAAAAACAUCAUAAAAAUGUGAAUUUGCAAAGCUUGAAUGGCCUCUACCAGAGAGGUGCUGGAAUAAAAAGCUUACAAAGGUGAUUUUGUCACAGUGCAGACAUUUAGGAGAGAUAACAGUUAAAUUAGUUUGAACUCUGAACAACAGAAACUUGUCCACAGAGAGCUGCUGCAGAGAAAUCCCUCCUCCACACCGACUGUUUCUGUCAGUCUGACCUUUCUCUGAGAGCAGAGAGGAAUCCUGUCAGCAGUUUUCACUUUUUGUGUCCUAACACACUUUAGAACACACCAGAACGCCAAGACAAAGUUCCCUUACUUGUAAAUUGACUCAUGCUUUAGAGGUUUCUCUGUGUGUGCAGAGCUAUUGCAGUGAUGCUGCAGAGGAGUCAGAGAGGGAGGCAGAGAAGGUUUGAUGAUGAACUUCUGAACUGGUGAAAAUGGGUUACUGAGCUGAUGGCUGGAUCUUUCUGCAAGAAAUAUUAAGGAGACUCAGGAGAAAAACACACACGGGCACACACAAAAAUGCAUGCACCUGUAUAUGCAUAUAUACACAAGCAAUAUAAAUCCAUAUUCACAGUUUUUAUUUUGUUUUUCUGGAAAAUUAUUUUGCACAGUAUUUAUGUAUGAUUUGUGAGAUUACACACCCUUACAACGUAUCAUUGUCAUUAUUAGGUCUUUAAAGUUAGUCACUUGUUGUGCACCAUGUUGUAGCUUGGAAAGAAGGGUUUAAGUCAAGUGCAAAUAGAGUUCAUAUGGCUUAAUUCCAAGCAACUUUCUGUUGCAGAGCUACAGUUGCAGAGGGAAAUAAAAUUGAUCUCCACCUAUCUAGAUAAACCAUUACUUUUUACUAAGUGUUCAUAUGAACAGUUUCUUUUCAUCAUCAAUAACAGAAAAAUGAACAAUGUUUGAGUUAUGAAUAAAAAAAAUCACCAAAUACAUCACUUUGAGAACCAAGAACUUCUGAUAAGCAAUAGUUAUGUUUUUUUUUUAAACAAUACUUUACGAACUAAUUGAAAUAUUGGUAGAAUACUCUGCAAGUCAGUUGACUAUAAAUGAUUUUUAAUUGCAAUCCUAUGGUCUCAUUGUCAUGUAGCAAAAAAUAACGGUGGUUUCUGUUGCAAUGCCAACCCCUGCGUUUUUUUACACUCAGUACAACUGCGACUUUAUGACCAAUGACGGAUAAACCAGCCAACAACUAUUGUUGUUGUUGAUUCGCUACCAAUUUGUUGGCUGAUUGGGGAAUGAACCUCACAAUUACUCAGUCUCUCCUUUUGAACGUGUCAAUACUCUCAAAUGUCAAAAUACAACAAUAAAAACCUGAAUUUAGAACAUGUUUUUGCCUUCAAACAUAACUGGGUUAAAUGCAAGAUGAGUUUUAGUGUGCAGUGUGGUUUUUUAUGAUGGAACAGUGGGUUUGAACCAGAGACAGAUCAAUUAGACCAGACGAUUAAUCAGGCAGAUUUAUUUCAGCUGAUGCCUGUCCUCGUGAUACUUGUUUAAAAAAAAAACUGCUAUUAUCUGUAGACACUGCAGGCAGACUUGUCAGUGUGGCUGCUGUUGAGCAAAUAGACGUAGACGCCCGUAUAGCCGUGAUCUCCUGCUACAGCCACACACCAGUGCGUCCACCAUAUUUGUAGGUGCAGGUUAACGAAUACACUCAGAUGUGGUAACUGUUAGUUUUCUGAAUAAAACUGCUAACUUAAAUGUACAUUUACCUUGUUUUGAUGUAAUUGAAAUUCAGUUAUUAUAAUCAGUUAAGCACUUGUAAUGAAAAUCAUUUGGGCAAAAAUACAAGGUCUAUCCUCUCAAUCAAAUUUACAGGACACUUGCAGUGAGUCUGCUUCUUUGCCUUAUCAGUAAAAUUGUUACAUAUUAAAUUGAUUGAUAAACUCCAUCACAAAUAAUUUUUGACUUCUUUUUUUGUGUAGAUGAUAACAUUUCAUAGAUAAUAAAUUAAUAGAGUGCUGUUUGGAUGUGCCCAUGCAUUUAAAGCUGAUAUAUAGCUAAUGCUGUUAAAACUUACUGAUUCUAAAUUGAAAAUAACUUUUGCAGGCAUUACUAAUCAAAAUGAAUACAGAGGUUGCCUCUGAAGCUCCCUAGUUAUUUUGGAGUUACACCGAUUAAAUAUUUGGAGCACAUGGGACCAAAAAAUUGUUGCAUUUUUGAGUCCAGAUCGUUCAAUGUGGGACUGAACUUUUAAUUGUUGUAACCAGAUCAACAAACAUCUGAAACCAAGUAUGAAAAACACAGAGUUACAGGAAAGAAUUAAGAAGUUAGUGAGAAGAAGAGAUGAGCUAUUCUGAAAAGUGGAGUUUUAAGAAAGAUUACAGAAUGAUCAGAGUUCUCUGUCCUUAUCUUAGGCUGCAUUAAAACUCACAGGGAUUAGUAAUCUGAGAUAGCAUUAGGAGGAACCACCAAUCUGCUUUAAAGGAACAAAUCUGAACUUGAAAACAUGAUCAUGUUAGCUCAUCAUGCUUGUGCUCCUGUAUUUUUUAAAAGGAAAGAUAAAUAAAUCCAGCCAAAGGAAGAAUAAAUCAUAGAUUUCUUUGAAAAAAAAAGGGAUAUUUUUGGAUUUUUUUCACUAACAGGAAAUUCGAAUUAGCAGUGAUUUAGUUUAUUUUAAGGUUGAGCAUCUGUUCGAUUUUUAACAGGAGCUGAAUGAAACUUUUCUCAAACAAAUGAACUCAAACCAGAGCAAAGGUUUCCACCUUUAAAUUUCAUAAUUAAAUCCUUUAAAAUGAGAGGGAUUUUUUUGGUGCAUUUGAUGCUAAAACUCCUCCACACACUUCUCAAAUGUCUGCAUACAGUAUAUAUAUUUUUGCAGUACUUUCACAGUUUUAUUCAUUAUAGGAGAAAACAGAAAGUUUACAAUCAAAUAAUCUUACAAGCAGAUUUCUGACAAUAGACCUCUAUCGAAGCGGAUGGCCUGUGUGUGUGUGUGUGUGUGUGUGUGUGUGUGUGUUUGUGUGUGUGUGCUCAGAGCUGUUCUUGUAUCCCUGCAGUGUUUUGCGAGGCUGAUGACUCAGAUGUUUUAGUUGUGAUUCAGUGAUGUGAGUUUUUCAUGCAGUUUUCCUCUUUGUGUUCAGCAGGUGAAGAAUUCAGAGAGGAGCUUCCUGCAGAGUGAUGUGUCAUCAGGCGAAGCCGUUACUCCAUUAACCAUCACUCAGACUGAAGGUAAGACAUGGAGGACCUCACAGAUUGAAUUCUGAUUUGGUUUGAGCUUUGGCGCAGUCUUUGGAGGCUUUUAUAUUUCAAUGUUUUCCUUUAUUUAAUCUGCAGCCUGUUGUUUUUCCUCCCCAAUAUGGAGCUGAAGGGUUUUUCCUGAGUCACUGGAGUAUUUUAAGAGUCUUCUCAUGUAUAGAGGCGUCCGUGUCCUGCUAUUGUGAGGUGUGUGUGCUUGUGGAAAAAAGCCUUCAUAUGAAUAAGACAAACUCCUUGUCCUUGAAUAUCUCUUAAUAUGUACCGUACUUCUUUGCUUUAAGUAUGUCUCCCUCACUAUCCUAAAGGGUAAAUUCUAGAGUCUUGAAUGUGAUAGUCCUCAUAAGUCCUGAGUCUUAAUAUUCACUUGCUUCAAAUACUCUCUUUUGUCAUCAUUACAGACACCUCAUAUAAAAAUCUGAAUUUAUGUAAAAGAUCAUGUAUAAUCAACAUUAUAAGGUGACAUAAAACUUGGUUCAGAGUCAAAAUCGAGUGCCAUCUAUUUAACAUGGAGACAAAGGCAGACUGGUUUGCCGAGUGUGGCUAAUGUUAGCAGAAACUUGACACAUCCUACAUACGACUUAGUCUCAGUUUUCUAGUUCAAAAUACUAACAGACUGCAGUAUGAGAUGCUGUCUAUGCUUUUUUACAUUCAGGUAGUAGAGCUGUAGAAGCAAGAGAGAAGAAAUUUAUUCAUUUAGUUGAACAAAAUUGUCACAGUUCUAGGUCAAUAUGGGAAUCCAGUACGAGGUUUAACUCGAAGUGAACUUAAAUAAAUGAAGUCUAAUUAGUUUGUGGAUCCAGCAAAGGCAGGGCAGCAACAUUAGUUUGUUGUUCUAACAUGUGGGGAUCAUUACAAUUACAGAUGCAAUCUUGCAGCAAGACAUUUGAGAGAAACUAUUAUCUUGUUUGGCAUGUGUCGAAGGCAAGAAAGGAUCAAUUCCUGCAUUUCAUGGAAAUGUGAUGCACUGUUGACAGUCUUUUGUAAGUCAAAUCUGCAGCCUUAAAAUAAUUCUGAGAGAAUUUUAUGGUACACAUUUUAGUCUGAUAGGAUUGGUAAAUCAAUGCUCAACUCUGAGCUGUUAUUUAGAUAGGUUCAGACUUUUAUGUGGCGUCACUGAAAGUAUCUGAAGUUUCCAUCAUGCCAGAGCGAUGAAGAUUUAUUAUGAUUUCAUAAUGUCUUGAAAUUCUUGAGUAGGCUGAGUGACAUUUGAUGAAAAAAUAACAUGAUAAUUCUUUUCAAACAUGAGGUCUUUGAACUCUCUAAUCAUUGAUUUACAAGAUGAUUCAUGAGAUUGUGGGAUGUGUUCAAAGCACCUGUUUGUCUGCCAACUGUCAAACACUCACUCAGUUUAUGAUAAUACACAGGUAACAUAAAAAGUUAAUUGUAGGUAGACUGAGAAAACUUUUUAUUGCAGUGCACAGCAGAACGGUGAGUGGAGGAGUACUGUAAUUAUCUUAGAUUAACUGCAGUCAAUAAAAUGGGGUUCUAGCCUGCACAGAGUGGGCUGGGUAUGUUUUAACACAAGACUCUGCGCAGUUUCAUUUACUGGAGUGUCAUGCAAAGUCUUAUGGGAAAGGUCAUGGAUGAAUUCUCAUAGGCUCUGUUCAUACCAGGUACCAACAUCCAUCCUGGUAGGUCCAAUCAUAUGAUUGCAGCAAUUGUUGUGUGUUCCAGAUGUCUUCAAUGGGUGACAAGUCAGGACUGCAGCAGGACUCUUCUACUACAGUGCUGUUUUAAUCCCUGCAGUAUGCAGGUUUGCCUUUGUCUUGCUGAAAUAUGAAGGUGGAAGAUACCCAUAAAAUUGAUCUUUAUGAUCCCCAUACCAUCAGGGAUGCUGGCUUUAAACUGGGAGCUGAUAACAAGCCAUGAAAAGCCCUCUCUCCAAAGUGGAGAAUGCUGUAUUCAUGAUUCCCAAAACAAAUGUCCAAUUUUGAUUCCUACGACACCAGCACAGUUUUCCACUUUGCCUCAGUCUAUCUUAAACACACUGAGACCUAGAUAAAUCUUGGACCAUGAUGACAUACAAUUUCCUUUUUUUAUAGUACUGUUUAAUCUCAUUUGUGAAUGCAACGGAAGUGGUUUUGAGUCCAUGCAGUGAUUUACAGAGUCCUGUCUGUUUUUAUUGCAGUGCUGCCUUAGGGCCUGAAGAUCAGGACCAUCCAGUCUUGGUUUUGGUCCUUGUCCCUUGAGUACAGAGAUUUCUCCAGAUUCUUUGAAUCUUUUAAUAAUAUUAUGUUCUGUAGAUGAUGAUCCACUCAUUUUUAUCACAUUUGAUACUCAGGAACAUUAUUCUGAAACUGUUGACCUAAAAGCUCACUCAGUCUCAGUCUCAGUCAGAGUGGUGAACCUCCUCCCAUCUUUUCCUCUGAGAGUCCCAGCCUCUCUGAAUGUCCUUUUUAUAUCCAGUCAUGUUACUGACCUGUUGUAGAUUAACCUCAUUAGUUGGAGAUGUUCCUCCAGCUAUUUGUUUUUUUCUGGCAUUUCUUAAUUCUUUUAGUGUUUCAUCAUGCCUGUCCUGAAUAUUUAGGAUCAUGUUGGCCAUAUCAAAUUUAAAAUGAGCGUACAUUUUCCAUUUUACAGUACAAUGAUAGAAUUUCAACAUGUGACGUGCACUGUCCUCGGUGCUGAAAAAUUGCCGUCAGUUAUUGUUUUGUACACAUACUAUUUUGGACUCAUAAGUGAUGUAAUACACAGUUAAAGCUGUGAAUUUUUAAUCUAGUUCUUAUUAAAAGGCACCUGGGCAGAAGUGAAAUGUACUGGAACCUUUUUUUUUUGUGUCCUUUUGAAAAUGAAAAUCGAUGGACUGAAUUGCUUGAUGGCAAAGAGCCUCAGAAUUGUUAAAUGUCAGAGUUGUGUGCUCUUGAAAAGCAGUACAAACCCUGUAUUUAUGCCCCCAACUGUUUGACUGUCUGAGCAUCUUUUCCAUCUACUACUGUGGCGUCUAAAUGUGGCUCUUACGUUCCUGAAUAGCAUGUGAAGCAUUUCCACUCCAGAUGAAGAGUCGGCAGUCACAUGUGGGUGACAUAUUUUGAUGGUGGGCUGCGGUUUCACUGGGCUUGAAGUCUAUACUCAGUCUUGAUUGCCUCUCUGGUGCUGCCAGUCAUUCCUCUGAACUCUACUGACCCACUUGGCAUCAGGCCCCUGGCUGCGUCCCCACUCUCCUGGGACAGCAGGCGAGCAGCAGUCGAGGGGCCCCUGCCAGCCGCUGCUGCUGCUGCCGGCCUCUCAAAUAUUCCUGUUGUGAGCUGUGGAGGAAAAACGUGAAACAAUGAGUUCUUUUGUGUCAGCGGGUCGAUGGAUGUCUGUGCAUGGAGUGGAAACACAGCUGGGUGUGCAGAGUGGAGGGCUUGGUUGGUACGCCUGUCUGUGCAGAUGUAUGCUUUGCAGUCUUAAGCAGCUUGUUUGGCAGAUUUGAACGCCAGCAGAUCCAGACAUUUAUUAAAACCAUCCUCAGCAGCAUUCAAUGGAAAACACUCAAACCCUCAAAAUGAGAAAAUAACAUCUUUGAGGAAGCUUGGCCACAACGCUGCCUCAGAUAGGAUGAUUGACCUAGACCAUGUUUAAUUUUUAACUUUAUUUGAACGUGAGAGCUGUCAGGUUGAUCCUUUUAGUUACUAAAUGCAGCCAAAUAAGGCAUUACACUUUAAUGUGACCUUGUGUUUGCUGUAUUAUUAACCAGCUGUGGUCAGUAUUUGGGGGAAACAGUGCAAAUAGUGUACAGUAAGUGACACAUUUUCCAUCAGCUAGUAGUAUUUGGCCAUCCUUCAGGGGUAAAUCUAGGUGCUGCAACAGUUAGAGUCUUUAUCUUAUCAGUGUUUAUCAAUGCUGCACAAUAUUGAAGUGGUUUCUGCCAAGAGUUAACACUUCGUACCACUAUAAUCAGUAAAGAUACUGUCACUUACCUUUCUCCUAUAUCCAAACUAUGAACUUUUGAAGUUCUGUGGGUAAUUACUCAUGAUUUAAAAACAACUCAGUGUCCCCUCUUUUGCUGAUGCCCUAAUUACACUUUUUCAUAAAGCAGAAACAGAUGAAGAAAUGCUGAUUUGUGGAUGCUCUGUUAUCUGGGGCACCAGAAAUUAAAUCUGUAAUAAUAAUAAUGAUAAUAAUAGUAAUUACAGAAAAUAACAAUAAUUGUGCUUUGUUACCACUGUGAAAUGAUUUCAAUGCUUCCCUGUGUUUUUAAGGUACAGUGUGUGGAUUUAAAGGUAUUGAGAACAAGAAAACAGUCAGAUAAGCCCAUGCUAACCGCACCAGUAGUGAGGCUUGAUGCAUAACUUUUAUUUAUUUACUUUUUUUUUGACACAGAAUAUAUUGACAUUGGCAAAAUGACGUUGGUUAUUGUCGUAAAUUUCGUUAUCAGUAAAUUUUCUAUUUAUUGCCCAGCCCUACUAUAGAUACAAAUUAAUUGGUGCACAGAUAAAGCUCAGUCCACUGCACAUCAGCCGAUGCUAGUUAAAAGCCCAAAUCAGCUGAGAGCUCAGCUGAAGCAAAGCAGGAAAACUGCAAACUGCUUUGCAACCCACCACAACCCCAGCUGCCCUAACUUAAGCAGUGUCGUAUGGGUCGGUUCCUGCUUUGCUCUGUUUCCUGUUCCGUCUUUGCUGCUGCUCCCCCCACCUUGGCUUUUCAUAUAUAUCCACAUAAAAGAGAGGGGAAGUGUGCUUUCCCCACCUCAAGCUUUGGUAUUCCAUGUGUGCACAUAGAAGGGCAGGGAGCUCUCAGAAAAUUCCUCAUGGGAGCUUUAAAAAAAUAAUGAAAUCAAUAAGAUCACAGAGAGGAUAGUAGGGGAGAUAGGGGUAGGACGUGAGGAGAAACCUCAAGGGAAGGAGCCAAAGGUCUGAAGCAAACCCUUGACUAUCCACUUGGGAUAAAGAGGUUAUGACUGAAAUCCUUUUGUGCACAAAAACAACUGGUGCAUCUCAGACUAAAUACCAAAACCCACAUGUUACUGGUUUGUCCUUUCUGUGCUAUAGUAGAAAGAGGGAGCUCAGAGAACAGAGCCACUACACUAAAUAUAACUAACUCUGUGGAAAUAGAUAUGAUGGAAAUAGAUAUGUCUCUUUGACUGAAGUUAUUUUGACUGAAUAUUUUUUUGUGCGCAACAACUACCACACUCUUUUUUUGUCAUCCAUCCUGAGCAUUUUGGACUGGAUUAGAAAAAUAACCUCUUUGUUAUUUUGUGCCACAAUGGCAGCCUGUAUGGAAAGGGGUCUGCCCCUCAAGAUAUGUAAUUAUUCAAAGUUUAUGUGUUGACAAAAUACUUUUUAUAAUGGGGUAGUUCCAGGUCUGUCCUCCUAAUAAAUGCUGCUGAAUUCUCCAGCCUGUACCUUUAAAUUAAAAGAAGAGGGAAACACACUGUAUGAAUCUUCAGUCUGCUUCUGUGUUGAAGACUCUCUGCAAAUCAACAAGUCGUUUGUGUUCUCAUCAGAGCCGUCCUCUCAUACACAGAGAUAUUAUCCUGUCUGCUGGAGCAGAAAGAAAACAAGCGCUGCAUCCCUGGUGUGUUUGGAUUACUCGUCUGUGUUUGACUUUGGAUUUGGUUGCGUUUCUCUUCAUUUGAAUGUCUGAGCCGCCUGAUUCAUGAGGGGAAACUCAUUUUUUUGCAUAAUUUUGCGGUUCAGUUUGCUGUCUGCAGUGGGGAGAGUCUGCUUCAUGUCAGUGUGAGAACAGCAGGGGUUCUGGUGGGUGGUUCUGUCCACAUAAUUCAAGAGAGAACACAAAAUUAAUGAUUUCAUGCUGCUGCUGUGGAGCCGCACGGGUCAGCAUGACACAGUUUGGAUUCUGUGUCGUCUGGUGUGUCUCAGAGUCUAAAGGAGAGAGAGAAUCAGCUGCAGAUGAAGUCAGUCAGGUUGUUUCCUCUCUGCACGGUGAGCCCGGUUGUCAUGGUGCUUUCCGUUGGCACGGUGGCUGCGUUGGCAUCUUGGCGAGGGGUGUGGCGGGGUGCGUGACAAGAGGCACCACAGAUCCACUUUAGAGUGACUCAUAUCCUCAAAGCUGUGCUGCCCUACAUCUCCGCACACACACCCCCACACAAACACUUUGAGACAUUCAACAAUGCUGUGUGAAUAGAAAAUGAUGCCUGAUAUCUUUUUGCUGAUGAUUGGAUGCGUUCCUGCAUGUGAGAUGUGUGCUGAUAAAAACACAUCUUCAAGCGUACUUGGCUUACUUUCCUAGAAACAGAGAAUGAGCAGGUAAAUAUCUGCACUUUUCCUCCUCUGCUGCUGCUUUUCUUUCCCUGAGGGUGAGAAAACACUCGGGCGCUUUAGCCUGUCAUGUGAUUAAACAGAUAAUUGUUGCACGCGGGCAGAUUGGGACCUGGCUCACACCUUUUGUUUCACUUUUAAAGCCCUUUCUCCGACAGAGCGAGCGGUGUUUAUUAGUGAGAACAUGAGGUGUUUCCUGUGGAGCUGUGAUUCAGUUAGAUCGGAGGUGGAGGAGGAGGAGGAGGAAAGUAGGUCAUUGGGGCAGCAGGUCAGUGAAGCACGGAUGACAUCACAGUUAUACAACCUCUGCUCUCACCGCUUACACAACGCUCACGCUGCACCGCUGCCGCUCAUACACCGGAGUCACUGCUACAAAUUUUCCUCUGUUUUUUUUUGAUUCCCUGGCACCCUAUAUGCCUUUUUUUGUCUUUUGUGGUUCUUUUCUGUGACUCAUUGACAGAUUUUCCGUGCAGAUUCACUCAGCACCAUGACUCUCCUCUCCCUUUUAGACCUCAUUUCUCUGCUAGUGUUGACAAAACUGUGAUCUGAGAUAAGCAGCUGCUCUUUGUGGCCUCUCAGUGUCUAAAGUGUGACAUGCAGGCAGCAUGAAAUGAAAAGUUUGCACCUGGUAACUAACACACCAUAAGGAAACAUACUUCUCCUGUCACUGUCAUAGUUUAUGUGUCAACAUGAAAGUGUACGUUGCCACCGCUGAAUUCCUCACCCUGUUUUAUUUUUAGAUCAGAACAAAAGCCUCGGUCCUGCUGAGGAUUUCCCUCACAUGCUGUAAUUUUCCUUUAACUUCUUUUUACUUUCCGAGAUCUGGCACUUUUUGUUUUUUUGUGUUUUAUUCCAUUAGUUUGUGAUCCUCAUGUAGACAGUUUGGGUUCAUGAAAUAUAGUUGUAUAUGAGCAGGAAUGUAGGGAUUUGGCAAACAAUGUGCCAUGCAUUACGUAUUGUAAGUAAAUCUAUAUCUUUUAUAUCCAAUUUUAACUUAACCUCAUUACAGCUUAUGCCUUACUACAAUUCAGAAAAAUGUGUACUGGUCAGAAGAAGUCCUCAUGUUUGAGAGACAUUUGAAGGAGGACUUUACUGGAGAGAUUAGUGACUAUUUACCAGGGCUGGGUGAAAAAAUGAAAAUUUACCGAUACUGAAAUUUUUUACUAUAACCGACGUCAUUUUGCCCAUGUCAAUAUACUUGGUGUCCGAAAAAUAAAUAAAUAAAAGUUGGUUUUGGAUGUGUGUAGGUAGGCUGUGGUUUCAUGUCCCUUUUAAGACGCUGUCCUACAUCAGAGAUGUGACUCCACCUCAUCCAGUUCAUAACAAAGAGGGAAAGACAGGUGAGGAGAUGGAAGAUGGUUCAAAAGUUGUAGCAGCUGGAGCAGCGGCUGAAGUAGAUAAAGUUAAUGUGGGAGGGGGAGCGCAGCUUGUGGAGUAGUUAUCGUCCAUUUAUCGUUAUCGAGGUGAACUGCUCAAUAUACCGUGAUAUUGAUUUGAGGUCAUGUUGCCCAGCCCUACUAUUUACACAUAUCAAAUCUCUUUGCUCAUUAAGACACAAAAAAUACAGAGAAGUGAUGCAAAAACCGUUGGUAUCAGCUGCCAGCAUCAGCUAAAUAAAUAUAUUAAACAUCACCACCAGAACUGGCUCUGAUUUUCACAAACGGUGUGUCUCUAGUGCAAUAUGCACCUCAAUAGAAAAGUUGAUACUAGACGGUUUUUUUCUUUCACAUAUCUCCCACACCAGCAUACAAAGCAUGGUUUGAUUUUUUAAAAAUAUGUUUUUCUGACCUCGUUCAGGCGCAGAUGUUGCCACCAUGUGCUGGACUCACACAGGAAACAGAAGGAAAACUCAACCCAGUGGAGACCUCCUCAGCCCCCUGCCCUCUGAUUGAUGAGCUCCAUCACAGCCUGUCAAAGCAUACCCCAUCUUCAUCCAGCAGCAGCCUCCUCACCCUCUCACAGGACUGACUCUGCUGUCAGUAGAUUUUAUCUGAUCUUCCUUCUGUUUGGAGCCACUGGGUUAAAGCUCUGAACUCACGUUGUGUUUUUUCUUCAAAGGUUCAUUCACAAAUGUCGACCUCACGGUUAAAAGACCCCUCUCCAACACCAAGACCCUGAACAGGAGACAAAAUGACCUCCAGCAUUGACCGGUGAGUCAAAUACUUCACACCCUUCAGCUUUUUGUGCACUAAUGAACCAUCUAUUUUUUAAACUUAUUGAAAUAGAGAAUCUGUCUGCAGCAGUCUGGAUUUCCAGUAAAUGCUGGAGGUGCUGUGGGUUUUGUUUAUAGUACAUUCAAAGUGAAUAGUGACCAAUCAGGUGUCAGCAGGAAAAACAGCCUGUAUGGAGAGCAAAAGCAUGAGGAACAUAAUCCACCAUAAUGACGACUCAGGAUCAAUGUCCCUCUAUUAACAUAAAAGUCAGCCAACAAACUGUUCUAGAUUAAACAUUUACUCUGAGACUUUAAUCUCUUAAUGUUGACAGUCAGUGUUUCGUUUUCCUGGCGUCCUUGAAUGCAUCCAAAAUGCAGGAGAGAAAACUGCACCUAUUACCUGUUGAGGGUAGAGAGUUGAACCUUAUAGUGUAAAGGGGAAGUUUACUGACAGGAUGAUUGCCUGGGAUCAGCUAUCUUAAGAGUUUAUAAAGAUAAGAGGAAAUAAGUGAAAGAGGCUCUUUCACUGUUUGCUCUGCAGGGAUGACAGCAGUAUCUAUGAUGGGUUCAAUGACGAGGAUGACAAGGACAAAGCCAAACGGUCAGAUCCCUGUGCUUUGCGUUCGUGUUGUUUAAUUUUAUUUGAAUGUAGAACGUUAAGCUUGGCUCAUUUGCCACUUUUGCAAAUAUUAAAAACAAUAGUGUUGAUGAAUUGCCGUUUAUAUAGCUUUAUUUUUGUUGUGUGUAAACCUGCAGCGUGUCCCGUAACAAGUUGGAGAAGAAGCGCAGAGACCAGUUCAAUGGCCUUAUCAAAGAGCUGGGCACCAUGCUGCCGGGAAACACCCGCAAGAUGGACAAGUCCACUAUUUUACAGAAGAGCAUCGACUUCCUGCACAAACACAAAGGUGAGAAAGGGGCUAACAGAUAGAUGAUCAACUGAUCUGUGUGUCAGGCUCUUCAGAUGAGCAUGUCUUAUGUUUUUCUUUUUAGAAAUCGCUGCUCAGUCUGUGUCCACAGAGAUCAGACAGGACUGGAAGCCUUCUUUUCUUAGUAAUGAAGAGUUCACUCAGCUGAUGUUGGAGGUGAGAUAUGUCUUACUGUAGACUGUCCUUUUUCUCAUUAUUUCUCAUGAACGAGAACAUGACAAAAAUGAUGAGAUUUGGCUCCUUUCAGGCACUGGAUGGCUUUUUCCUUGCAAUUAUGACUGAUGGGAACAUAAUCUACGCCUCUGAGAGUGUGACCUGUCUGCUGGAACACUUACCUGUGAGUAUCAUUCAGCCAAAGGGGCUUCUUGUGUCAUUUCACACGUGCCAUAUUAUUUUAAUUUCAUUAUUAUUAUUAUUGAGGUUUAAAUGCCUAUUUUUUAAAUAUUUAUUUUACCUGGAAUAUUCCCAUUGAGAUACAAAAUCUCUUGUUCAAGGUUGUCGUUGCCCAGACAGUGGCUCAGAAAGUCUCACACAAGGAGCAACGCAAUCAACAGACAAUAACAAAUAACCAGAAAGCAUCCAAUCCUCAGCCCUCAGUAGUGAAAUGUGCAUCCACCAGCUAGGUGAUCCUUAAUCCUGGUUUCAAAAUUCUGUAAACUAAUAAAAUGACCCAGUCUUGGCUGACCUUGUAAUUCACACCAGGAUGAGGGAGCGAAAAUAUGAGAAACACCUUUUCUAUAGACGAAGCGGGUCUAGGGAAUGACGCUCAGAACUUAUGAGGCUGGAGAGUGAAGCCGCUGCCAGAUUUAGGAGUCAGUAAGGAGCAUAAAUAAGAAGGCAGAUCAUGCAGAAAGAACUUCAUUUUUGUCUUACUGGUAUUGAAAACCAUCAGCCUUUGUUUACAAAGAUUCAUCUGGACAUCAUUCCCCUCAGUAGGGAGGUCAACAGAGUGUUUCCAAACGUUUUCUGCCAUGCACCCUUUUAAAGAGUGAAAUAUUUUGGACUUGUUGGUACGUCAACAAGGUCGUUGACAUUUCUCAUUUUAUUUCCCUGCUUUUUCUGUAAUUUCAGUUGUGUAACACUGUACUUUUUCACAAAAAAUUGAACUUUAAAAAGAAUUGCAAUUACUGUGCUACAAAAUAAACUUCCCCAAAGAAAUGGAACUAAACACUUUUGACUUGUGGAUUUUGAUUGCUACAAAAAUACAAUUUGUUUUCAAAACAGAAGAUUUAUGAAAAUUUGCUAUACGCCAGGAAAAAAAGCAGUCUUUGUUUCAACUUUGACAAAAUGCUUUUAAUGACAUUUUUCUCUAAACUGCUACAUCAGUGUGUGUGCAGUUUUGAAAUGAAAGAAAACUUGAUAUUUUUGCUAAAAGGAGCAACCUCAAUUUUACUCUACGUUUUGUCACAUUACUUCCUUUCUGAAUGAGUGUUUUUUUUCCCCUUCAUAGAACCUUAAUAUAAUCUACUGUCAAUUUGUUCGAAAGGGUGUGAGGUUUCUCUGCAACUCUGUAUAAAAAAAUGAAGUGCUUCAUGUUUCACUGGUGCAACUUUUACAAAUCCACGUGAGUGCCGGCAGCAUUUGGCUGAUUAUUGUCGCCUAUCUUGUUUGUCUCUGAGGAUUUAGCUCCUUUUUUUUCUUCUUAUCAGAAUUCUCUCCAUUUUAUCUGUUCUGUGUUUGAAUGAACACCAUCCUUGUGCACCCCUAAUCUGUUUAUAAAUCUGUCAUGAAACUAACCCUCCAGUGUGUCUCUGUGCCCUCCAGUGGAGAUACUGGUGGAGAUAAUUGUAAAGUCGUAUUACAACACAAGUUAUUGUAAUUAUAGAUCAAAUAGGUCCCAAAAUGGACUCUUGUGGAACACCAUUUUUUGUAUUUAAAAAAUAAGAGUCCAAACCUUCAACUUUGACUCAUUGCUUCCUAUCAGUCAGGUAAUUUUGACACCACUAAACAGUUUUUGGGGAAAAACAAAACAAUUUUAGUGAACCCCUGUAUUAGAGUGUUUAUGACAUUUUCUAGGACCUUUGUAGCUGUGAUUGUAUUCCCUGUUUAUUCCUGAGCCUAGGCUGCAGGUUGUUGAUAAUGCCAUGAUGAAUUAAAUCUCUUUUUUGAAAUUCCUGAGAUUAUUGUUUCUGUCUAUGGAGUAUCACUAACUUUGCAGAGGGCCAUGAAACAACCAUGUGUGGUUUCAAAAAUAGCUAUUUCACUGAAAGGUGUAUCUCUGGAGGGUUCCUCUCUGUAAUGUUGGCAGACUCUAUGAAGAACAAUCAGAGCAUGUCAGUGACAAAAACACGAGAUUGAUAAAAAUAUCCUACACUCCACUGGAGCAAUCCCUAAACUUUUUGUACUUGAAAGUUAUUUACAAUACUAAAUCUGUGAAAAAAAGAGGGCCAGUUUUGGAGGUUCUCAGUCCUUUACUAAGACAGUUUGUUCUUAAAUUGAUAUUUUUCUUUCUCUGUGUUUCAGUCUGAUCUCGUGGAUCAGAACCUCUUAAACUUCUUGCCCAAAGGAGAACACUCAGACGUCUACAAAGCUCUGUCGUCUCAUAUCCUUGAGGGAGAGAAUCUUACACCAGAUUAUAUGAAAAGUAAGAGAUGUUUAUUCUAAAUUCAGCAUUUUAGUUGGAUUCUAAAGACUAAAAUUGACAUGAACAGAAUAAAUUGCUUUUAUUGUCUGUACACAGUUUACAUUAAAUGUAUUGUGUUUCUAAGAAUAAAAGAAAGGAAUAACAUUUGUUAAGUACUCACAUGCGUUCAGUGAAACAUAUGUGUGCAUAUCUAGCUAGAUGAAAAUAAUCAAGAAGGAAAAUAAUUUCAUUAACUGUAGUCUUGAAUUUUGUGCCUAUUUAUUGCACCUCACAAGGAUGUUAUUGCAUAUUUAACAUUCCAUUUUAAUGCUCAUCAAAUGCCUUUGCACAUUGAAUGUCUUUGGACAACAAGAAUAAAGUUCCACAUUAUAUGUCACUGCAACUGAAAUGUUAUUGCUAGCCAACAACGUAUGACAACCAAUUGUUUGAAGCAUCAUACAUAAUAUUGUUUUAAAUGUUAAUUCUCCAUGAAUAAUGAUGUAGUCUGAAUGUUAAACAUUGCACAUGAGAUUUCUUUAUUGUUAUUGCACCAUGAGUUGAGUAUUCACCCAAGCUUAUGCAUCAAAAACAUUAUUGCACAUCUAAUCUUCAUGCUGAUACGACUAUUAUUGCACGAAAUGUCAAUUCUCACAUCAAUAUUAUCACUCAUUAUGUUGUAUCGUGCAUUGCAUUCUUGAUAAUAUUGUACAUUCAAUGCUUAUCACCACUUAGAUAGUGUUGCACAUGAAAUAUCAUUGUAAUAUAAAUUUUGCAGGUUUGGAUAUUUUAUACCAAAAAUAUUACUGCACAUAAGGUGUUGUUGCACUUGUUACAAACACAGGACAUCCAUGCUACAGACCACAAAGAAAGAUAUAUAUGUAGUUAUACAAUACUCUGUUUCCUAGAAUAUUUAGAUGUGCCAUUACUCUGUUUCAAUCAAAGUUAUUGUGUUUUUGAAUAUUUUGCAGCAAAAAAUCAUCUGGAGUUUUGUUGCCACAUGCUCCGAGGGACACUCAACCCCAAAGAGCCUCCUGUGUAUGAAUAUGUGAAGUUUAUAGGAAACUUUAAGUCCCUGAAUAAUGGUGAGUUCUCUUCUUUAAUGCUCUGAAAUUUGAUUUUCUUUUGCUGUGAGGUCUAACUCUUCUGUCUUUGAUUGUCGUCAGUGCCUAACUGUAACCGAAACAGCUUUGAUGGAGUGAUCCAGCGGUCUCUUCAGUCCGCCCUCGAGGACAGAGUGUGUCUCAUAGCGACCGUGCGGCUUGCCAAACCACAGUUUAUCAAGGUGAGGAUCAUUAUCCCCACCUUAAAGUCUUUUAAUCUGGCUGACGCACAUUCAGUUUCAUGCUUCAGGGUUUGUAGAAAGAGAUUUUAAAUAGGACAGCGCCCAGUUUCCCAGUCACCCCAUGCAGAGACGCAUUUGGGCUCCUGUCUGUGUGCGGUCCCCCGCUGCCUCUAUCGGCCAGUUUUACUUGAUUUAAAAGCACUUUGUCUCUUUCCCUCUAAAGUCUCCCUCCCAGCUGAGUCAAAGAGCUUCAGUGUACUUUAUUUACUCUGUGGGAAAUUGAGUGUGGAAUGAAUUCACACAAUGAUUCAUCAGUUUUAUGGAACAGGACAUUUGUACUGAAACUGAAAGAAAGAGGAGCCAGAAACUAAAUCCAAAUUUAUGCAGCAGAGAUGAACAGAGGAUGGCAGUCAGCACAGACUUUAAAUCUAGCUGAACAAGCUUGCCUGGUUUCCUGCAUGUUCAUACUGAAAGUGUCACAUAUUAUUUAUCAGUGGUAGUACAUAUUUCUGUAAAUGAAAUAAGACAAUGUGAUAAUUUCUUCUUUCUUUUUUCCUCUGUGUCUCUCAGGAGAUGUGCACUGUAGAGGAACCUAAUGAGGAAUUCACCUCCAGGCACAGUUUAGAGUGGAAGUUUCUCUUUUUGGACCACAGGUAUACUGUCUGUGUGUGUGUGUGUGUGUGUUUACUGUGUGGAUCCGUGCAGUACCUUUUUGCUUUGAUGUUUAGGUCAACCUUGUGUGUUUUUGCACUCAGUGUGGUAUGAGGCUGUUUUCACACCUGACAUGUUUACUCUGGCUCAGGUAUGCUUUUACAGUGUUAAGAUGCACUCAGAUGAAGCUAAACUGGCUCUCAGCUACACUGGGAUUAACUGAUGCAGAUUAAAUGGAGGGAGAAAAAAGCCUUUUGAAUUUAUGGUGGAUCCUGGGGGGACGUUUUGCAUUGAAGAACAGCAGACAGAUGCAGAAACUGUGAGAAAUCGAUUCUACAGACUGAUAUUUGGAUAUUACAGAGAGUGUCAAAUGAUCUUUUUUUUUUUAUUUCAAUUCAUUGCAUUGCAUCAAAAUGUGAAAACAAUUCCUAGCAGCGUCUUGAUUUGGGAUUAAAUGUUUAAUGUGAUGAAAUGUUGUUUGACUUUAUUAUUAUUUAUUAUCUAUUAUUCAUGUAAAAGCUGCACCAGUGUGCUCUACAACUAAGACUCUGAGUGAGUAGACAGCUUCUAGGUUUUUCCCCGUCAAGCACAGGUUUUAUUUAAUAAAACUUUUCUACACUAAGAAAUAUGCAGGAGUGCAUUCCCAUAAAAAACCAAUCAGUGUCAACAUGAUGUGCACUUACUGCAAAACUUUGAUUUCAUGUGAUUGGUUCACGCAACAUCACUGGUACUUUCUUAGGAGUUUCAUUUUGGUUGCCCCCUCUGUUUCUUUCAUGUGUUUUCCUUCACAGGUCUGUGUUGAUUCCUGAACUCUGACAUAUUUCUCUGUCGGCUUUUGUGUUGCGUUUGCCUGCUGUCAUCACUCUGUUUAGCUGCACCUGUUUGCUUAGCUCAUAAGUGUUAGCUCACGCUCAAAGUACUUCAGUAAUGUUUUAGUUCAGUUUGACACAAGUGCAGAUUAUUUGUCAACUGAACUGUCUGGGAGUUCUUUCUAAGUGAAGUGUGGUGUUCAGAAGCACAGUGGUGGUGUUCGUUUCUGUUAUGGCUGCAGCAGGAUGACGCUCCAGUGGCUUAACUGUGAUGUGCGAGUACUUCUGACUGUGCAGUAAUUCUGCCGGCCGAAUUCAUCACACUUCAGUAUUGUUAUUGCACUACCAAACCACACAAUUGUAUACUUUUUUUUGACAAACCAGCUUAUUAUUUUUACUCAUCAGCAUUUGAGUGGUGAUAAAAAAAAUACCUAUGGUUCAGCUGGUUGUUUCGCUCACAGUGGGAUGAUCAGCUAGUUACUGACUGCCCCCCUUUCUUCUGCUCAUCUUACUCUGAGGCUGAAUCUCCUUUUCUUCCCUGAGCCCUUAAAGGCCUGAAUGACGUCACCUGGAAAGUAAUCGAGUGCAUGAGGCUAAAUGAUGCAAAUAGAAACAGAACAGCACUUUGCAACUUCUCACAAAACACUGACAGGACAACGUUAUGUUGCUCUGCUGAGUGGUAUAAGGAUUUCUAUUUUUCAUGAUCUGCUUUCAUUAUCUUUCUCCAUCAUUCUGAAACUAUAAAGCAACACAUGAAAACAAAAUAUCUCCCCUUCUGCUAUCCUGUAAUUUAAAGCUUUUAGUUUGUAUCAGUAAAUAUGAAAGCUACAUGAAAAGUGGGGCAAAAAAAGCUUUGAUUUGAUGAUAAAAGAGCUUCUCAGCACCCUGCUGAGGUGGACAGAUAGAUCCUGGUUACGAUGGAGUAUUAGGGCCAUAUUAAGAUUGAAAAAUUUCAGACUUCAAGAUUAAUUUACAAGAAUAAAGUCAUUACUAAUGCGAAUAAAGUCGUCAUAAAGUAAUUACUUAUGAGAGUAAAGUCGUAGUGAAGUAAUCACUUACGAGAGUAAAGUCAGAAUAGUCCUUAUACUCUAACCUGUUGUUUAAGAUGACAGUUGUUGGAAUGAACCAAAUGUACUUCAAUACAGGUUUCUCAAACAAGGAGAUACUUAAUCUUUUGGCACAUCAGCACCACAUGAUCAUAAGAAGCCUAUCAUAAUGAUUUUACUACGACUUUAUUCUCGAAAGAAAUGAUUUUAUUACGACUUUAUUCUAACAAGUAAUUACAUUAUUACGACUUUAUUCUUGUUAGUAAUGAUUUUAUUCUCAUAAUUUAACGACUUUAAUCUUGAAUUCCAAAUUUUGUUCUUCUUAAUUUGGCCCUUAUACUCCGUCAUACUUGGUGAUAUCUCCUCAUACUUAAAGACAAGUGUCAGCAUUGCACCCUCCACUGCCUCUUUGUUGCCUCUGUUGUGGUGUUCAUUUACCCUUUUAUGCUUGUAGGCUUCCUUUGGUAUUCCCUAGUUUUAUACCACAGUACUAUGAACUCUGGGUAAUUUCCUGACAACAAGUCUGCACUCACAGCAAGGGUGCAAAAAGUGGCUCGAAAAAUCUGCCAGAGAUCCCUCACUCACUCAUUAGAUUUGACAGCCGGACAGCCCUCACAGACUUGGUGAAGACGAGGCCUGACUCUUGUGUGUUCGGUCACCUGUUGCACACUCAGGGGAAAACAGGGGAGAGAGAAAGAGAGAGAGAUUCGUCAAACAUAAACCUCUACACAGGUGAAUGACCUUGUUUUUCAUUCCAGUUUGAUCCCUCUGGGCAGAUCCUGAUGCCACAGAAAUGCACCAUUUAAUUAUCCAAUCAUUGAAUCACCUUUCAGUCGGAGCACCUUCCUGUAUACUUGUUUGUUUUUACCUGUAACAAACUGAUAUGUGUACACAUCCGAGUAGAACUAGUUUUCCCUGAGGCCAAAGAGACUUAGAGGUUUGACUGUGAACUCUUUGUGUUGUGAUAGAAAUCUAAUCACAUGGUAGCAAACGAGUCCAGACCCUGUGAUAAAGACUUUUUAUAAGCUUCAGUCUGAAAAGGUUCCCUGAGCUCUUCGUGAGGCAGUGGACCUCAAUUUCACCUAAUAAUGGUAAUAACAAGUGAGGUUUUCAGCUAGCUGUUUAAUGUAAUAAUACUUUUUUUGUUUGUCCAGAGCGCCCCCUAUCAUAGGUUACCUCCCGUUUGAGGUCCUGGGUACAUCAGGGUAUGAUUACUAUCACGUGGAUGACCUGGAGACUCUGGCCAAAUGUCAUGAACACUGUAAGUCCUCCUCCUUUGUCAGACAUCACCACAGUAAGAUGAUCCUCAGCUUUCAGACUCUACAUGUAAGUCUCCUCCUCCUCUUCUUCUUCAUCUCUCUGUGUCUGCAGUGAUGCAGUAUGGGAAAGGAAAGUCCUGUUACUACAGGUUCCUCACCAAAGGGCAGCAGUGGAUCUGGCUGCAGACUCAUUACUACAUCACGUAUCACCAGUGGAACUCCAGACCAGAGUUCAUUGUCUGCACACACGCUGUGGUCAGGUACACGGAGGAAGAAAAUCCAUCUCUUACUUAAAUCCUGAUGCUUCACAAAUAGACAAAUAUACAGCUGCGUUUUCUUUUGCAUUAAUGGUUGUUUUUGCUCCUCAGUUAUGCUGAAGUCAGAGCAGAGCAGCGCAGAGAGCUGGGGAUCGAAAACUCUCCACCUGACAUCACAGUAGACAAGGUGAGAGUUUGGAGUUUGUUUGCAACUUGAUUUUGUCACUCAGUUGUUUUUUUUCAGACCAAGUGAAAACUCAUUGUAAUAAACACCGAAGCUUUUGGAGACACUUUUGAAGAUUAGGGUCGUCUUGCUGUUGCACCUACAUCUGCCACUACAGUAAUGUGGAUAAAAAAAGGUGCAGAAAUUCAGCUAGUAAAUGCCUGACCACUCUCCGUCCUCCUGUUUGAUAAAGACUCGACUUUUGUGAAUGUCUUUUGUAAGGAAAAGUGGGGUAAACUCUGACCUUGUUUUUGUCUCCCUCUCCUCCCUGCAGACCCAGGAUUCAGGCUCUGAGUCUCAGGAAAACCCCCCCAGCCUGAAGGAGGCGCUGGAGCGAUUCACCCACAGCCGGACUCCCUCUGCCUCGUCCCGCAGCUCACGCAAAUCCUCACACACCGCCAUGUCCGACCCUGCCUGUGAGAGCGUCAUCUUGUAGAUCAGCUGCUUGUUGUUUUAAGGCGGCAGCCUUUGUCUGUUGAAUUUAAGCGUCCUGUUUGUGUUUGUCUCUCAGUGUCUCAGAUGAAGCUGCAGGGCGAUCGCAGCACGCCAGGCCGACAGUCUGUCUCUGGCGUGGACGUGACGUCACAGCGCAGAUCGUCUGUCAGCAGUCAGGUCAGAGAGCGGACAAACACGCAGUCUGGUGUCACAUUUCUGUCUGAGCGUGUUCUGGCUUGUCAGGGAUUUAGUUUGAGUAAAAAGGAUGAAUCCCAACAUCCCCCCCUGGCUCUGUCUCUCUGUUGUGUUUGCUCCCACUGAGGGUGUCCUGUUUCUUUCAGGGAUUAAGGAGAACUUGUCAUUCAGCCUCCAGAUGUCCUCUAAAAACGAACGUUUUCAAGACAGUCAGACAAAUUUUCAUCUUUGCAAAGAGAGGCAGUGCAGCCUUGAGAAAAGAACAGGAAUACAGAAGACAAAGCUCAUGUCUUUAAGAAUGAAGAUGCAGUUGUUAAAAACUCAGUUGGAGUGUUUGAUGUAGAAACAAAGAAAGUGUAGAGUAUAAUUGAAAAAAGGAUUUGUGCGUUGGUGUGAGGUACAGAUUUUGUCCUCUACCUGAUCGAGAGAAGGUAUGAGACUGGCUAAAGAGCUGUUUAGGUAACAAACACACUGCUGUUGAUGUCUGUAUUUUUUUCUUUCAGCAGUCAAUGAGCUCCCAAAACACAGGACAGAACAUGGCCCCAUCCAUGGUUACACAACAACAACAACAACAACAACAACAACAGCAGCAGCAACAACAACAACAGCAGCAACAACAGCAGCAACAGCAACAGCAGCUACUUCAGACAAAUAACCAGGUAGAGUGUUUAUUUUAUUUGUGCUAGAACAUCAUGUUUGACCCAGUUUUUACUGACUCAUUUCUGGGAGGUCUGUCUUUGUGUUUUUGGUGCAAAGAAAUAAUGAGCAUAGCUGUUUGUUUAAUCUCCUUCUCGUGUCUCUGCUGUGCUUUUGUUAUUUAUUUCGUUAUUUCUUUAUUUGCAGUCGCUGGUGCAGUUUUCCAGUCAGAUAGAAGCCAUGCAGCACCUGAAGGAGCAGCUGGAGCAGAGGACCCGGCAGAUCGAGGCCAACAUUCAGAGACAGCAGGACGAGCUGCGGCAGAUCCAGGACGAGCUGCAGAGGGUGCAGGGACAGAGCUUGCAGGUCAGCCUUGAGGAGUAAAUCCAGUCAAAGAUGAAUCCUGAUCAUCACUGUUUUACUUUUGAUGUUUUCUCUUUGAAGGGUCAAAGUCUGUGUUGUGUUUCAGAUGUUCCUGCAGAAAGGAGCCGGAGGACUGAAUGUCAGCUCUGUUCAGAUGACUCAGGGCAACUCUGUACAGCAGGGGGGGACUCUCAGUAUGCAGGGUCAGCUGGUCUCUGCAGGGCCUCUGCAGAACAGCAUACAGCAACACCUUCCUGUGCAGAACCAGACCCAGCCCCAGACCCAGCAGCAGACUCUGAUUCGAGAUCAGAGCACGGCGCUUACACAGGUGGGACACUGUAGAUACUCAUCCUCACAUCAUUUAUAAGGAUGCCCUGACUUACAGCAGCACACACACAUCCACCUCUGUUUGACUUUGUUUUGGUCAGCUCCAGUUCUGGUUACUUCCUUUUCCUCUGUGUUUUUCAGACUCAGCGGUCGUCUGUCACGCUGCAGCCUCAGCAGAAUCCACUUCCUGCAUCUCUCUACAACACCAUGAUGAUCCCUCAGCAAAACCAGACCAAUGUGGUCCAGAUUGCUACAAGUCUGGCCCAGAGUACUGGACCCAACACUCCUGCUGUCGCCACAUUUGCACAGGACCGAGGAGCUCAGAUCAGGUCUUUAUUAGAUGUAUUUUAGUCUCAUGGUUUCAUAUUUGUGAUUUCAAGCAGCAGAAUCGCUCCUCUUCGCCUCACCUGAAUGCUCUCCACCUCCUGUUUCUGCAGGUUCCCCGCUGCUCCUCAGCUACUUACUAAACUAGUGACAGGUCAGAUGGCCUGUGGCGCCGUCAUGGUCCCCACCACAAUGAUCAUGGGCCAGGUGGUGACGGCCUUUGGUCCUCAGCAGGGUCAGACUCAGACCAUCAGGAUCGCUCAGCCACAGGCUCAGCCUCAGCAGCAGCAGCAGGAGCAGCAGCAGCAGGUUCAGGCUCAGUCGCAGGUCACAGCCCUGCAGCCGGGACAGGCUCCUCUGAACCCGCAGCAAACACAGUUCCUGCAGGUAACAUGCUGAGGGAACAACAGGUCACUAUUUGUAAGCAGCUCUCGACGCAUGAGUAGCUUGUUGCUUUCAGGGUAUUUUUGCACACUGUCUGUGUCGAACGUCAUUUGGUGCAGUGUUGGCCAGGAUAAGAUUAAUAUCCCACAGAUGCUCCAUUGGGUUCAGGGCAUGCUACUUGGCUGACCAGUGAAGUUCAGUGAUAUCACCCUCAGCAAACCAUUUUGUUGUAGUUUUGGUGCUGUUAGUAUCAGUGAGCUGAUAGCAAGAAGACCGUUUAAUGGUUGUUUUAACACUGUGGGCGGCUGCUGGAGAUUGCUUUCAAAUCUCUCCAUUGACUCUAUACUUACUUUAACACAGUUGACCAACAUCAGCAGGUGACAUUGCACCCCGAACCAUCACAGACCACAGAAACUUCAUGCUGAACCUUAAGUAGCAGCAUCAUGGUUAGCAUCCAUAUAAUUGUAGUUUUGACGCUGUAGGCAGGUGUUUAUUCCGCCUGAAGUUGUCUCUGGUUCUGGAGUGUUUUGAUAUCAGGCGUGUAACAGUUUUAGUCUCUUUCGAGGUUGAUGACGAUCGUCACCAACCCCGACUAGAUGACAACGUCAUAAUCCAAGAUGGCAGCGCAGUGUAUCAACAGUUAAGAGUAAAAGUGAAAGCUCUCAUAAUGUAUUAUUUAUUAGCACUUCUGUUGUGUUUUUGUGAAAUGAAAUAAGUGGUAUAUGUUGUACUGCCUAACAUCUAAAUGUGAACAUGGUGAUAUGUUGUUUGAAAGAGUAAAAUAACUAUCAAAAUACAGUAAAAUAAUGUGUUAUAUGUUGUUUACAACUGGUAUAGCUAACAACAACUGACAACAGCUAAUAACUGCUAACUAACAAUUGUUAACAGCAGCUAAUGACUGCUACACCCGAGUUGAUAGUGUCCAUCUUGGUUUUCCGACUUGUUUACUGGAAUGCUGUCAACUCGGGUGUAACGUCAUUCCCAGCUCCGACUUCCGAGCGUAAGUCAACUCCUUGUGCAGCUCUCCCAAGCUGUUUUAUCAACUGUUAGUGGUCACCCAGUCCAAGCUGCUGUCAUCUCUGUUGAUUGGUGACCUUUUCCUCACACAUUUUUCCACCCUGUCGUACAGAGCUCUUUCAGGCAGGGACCAAGAAAUAACUAUUAUUUGCUCUGUUGGAGCAAAUAAUAGUUAACCUCAGAUUGAAAUAGUAUAUCCUGUUUGAAACUUUCCUUCUCGGUGAUCAAGGGAAUCAAUCAUUGCCCCUCAAAAAUGGAGCCUUAAAUUUUUCAUUCAAACAUGAAACUAACCUCAACUUGUUUUUCAUUUCAGGCUCCUCGACUCCUACAUGGGAACCAGUCCACUCAGCUGAUCCUGCAGGCUGUCUCUCUGCAGCAACAGGGCACCUUCACUGCCACUAACCAACAACAAUUACAACAACAGCAGCAGCAGCAACAGCAACAAUUACAGCAGCAACAGUUACAACAGCAGCAGCUUCAACAGCAACAGUUACAACAACAACAUCAACAGCUGCAGCAGCAGCAGAAGCAGCAGAAAGUGGCGCUGACUCCUCACAGAGCAGACAGUUUGUCUGAGCGCUCGGCUGCUCAGCCUCAGUGACUGAUGGACUCUUUCAGAGGAGGACAGAGACUGAAUUUUGUGAGGGGGGUCUAAAGGAGAAGACCUGAGACCCUCUAUCGCCCCUACGAGGAUGUUUGCACUUAAACUCCUGAGCACAGAGAGCUGCAGAGGAGCCACAACUGGAUCCCCACAGGUCCAGGUUGAAGCCUUUUCUAUGAAAAUUCAGGGGGCCAUAUUGGACCUCCUUUAAAAGCCCCUGUGUGUGUUCGGUGUGAGUUCAGUGUGUGUGUGUGCUGUCGUCCUCUCACAGGGUUAUUUCAUGCAGAGCUCUUAGAGUUCAUGGACUUUCUGCAUAGCAGCCAGAACCUUGUUUCUUUAUUUCACGUAAAAAAAAAAAAAUCAUGGGCCAGAAAAUAUUUUUUAAGAAUGUGCUGUAGAUUGAACUUUUUCUGUACAGAACAUCAUGUGUAAUAUAUUCUGUAAAUACGAUGAAAAAGAGAAACUAAUAUUUUAUAUGAUGCAUGAAAUGAAAAAUGUAUUCUGUUUUUUGCAGCUUUGCUUUCUCCUCUGAGAAAAAAAAGGGUCUUAAACGCUCAGUGGCUGUUUUCACACACACACACACACACACACACACACACUCUCUGCCUCCUGUGGGAUGUCUGUGUGUCUGCAUAGCAGACGAUGUUGAUGCUGCUCGUUGUGUCAGUUUGUUUAAUCCUUAAACUCAACAUGCACAGAGUUUCAUAAACUUAUUAAAGUGAUGGAGGGUAUUUUUCCUCCUUAAGGUCUGCACAAUAAAGGCUGGUAUGAAUGUGAAGAAAGGUGAAGUGUAUGCAGUGAUCAGAGCUGCACUCCUGCGGAGAUCCCAGAGCCUGUUUGGUGCCUAAACGGCUUUAAUCAGUCUGUAAAGACCUUCAAAACAUAAACUCAGACUUGUUCUUA